CAAACAUAUUACUUAUAUAAGUAAACAUAUUAGUUUUUUUUAAUGUUAAUUCUUUUUAUAAGAAGGAAACAGUUCCAAGAUGGAAGACAAACUAUUAAAUAAAUAUUUGUCUAAUGAUGAAGUAUUUAAAGCAAUAAACAAACGUUUUAUAUCAUUGAAAGAUAAUGAAGUAGAAAGGAUUAAUGUAUAUUUACAACAGGUAGUAGAAACCCUAAUAGAACGUAUGAAAUUGAAAGAUUCGUUAUUUAAUAAAACAUACAAUAAAAUUGUUUUUUGUGGUAGUUUUUACAAAGGUACAAAAGUGGAAAGGCCAAACGAAUUUGAUUUAAAUAUUAUUUUACAUCUUCCUAUUAACUACAAUUAUGUAAAACUUUGUUCAACACUACCAGCUUUUAUUAAAAUACAUAUAGUUGUCAUGGAAUUACCAGAUCAAAAUAAAUUACUCAUGAAAGAUGGUUAUGAAGUAAAAAUUAAAGUAAAGAAAAGUGGUCCUGCAUUUACCAUAAUAUUAAAUAUUCCACAUGAAAUAGAGGACAUACACAUUGAUUUAGCUCCUGCACUUGUUUUUAAUGUAUUUAUGAUUCAGCAAUUUACUACAAAAUUUGGUAUACUUGCGGAUUGUCGAAACAAAGAAUGUUUUGCAAUUCCAGUACCUUUAAAUAACAUAAAUUUUAAUGGAACUAGAGAUCAUUGGAGACUUAGUUUUUUCUAUCAAGAAAGUGAAAUUCUUAGAAAAUGUGGUUCUGUAAAACCUGUUAUACGUCAAAUGAAGAAACUGAGGGAUGUGCAAAAUUGGAAAAGUAUCGCAAGUUAUUACAUAGAAACAUUAUUUUAUCACAAAUGCAUAGAGUUAGAGGAUUUGGAUACAAUGCCUUCAACAUUAAUUCUUUUUACAAUGCUUAAAGAACUAUAUAAUGCUUGUAACCGACAUCAGAUAAAGUACUUUUGGAAUGAAAACUAUAAUUUAUUAGAAAAGAUUCGACAAGAAGAAAUGAGUAAUAUAACUUAUCGCUUGAACAAAAUCAUAAAAGAUAUUGAAAAGAAUAUAAUGAAUGAUUCAUUUAUACUAGCUAAAUAUAUUUUGUGUCCACCUGAAUUACAAAUUUUAAAGGAGGAAAUCAAUUCAAUUACACAAUCCGAAAAUUUAGAAAACUUACAGAACGCUAUAGUUAAUGUUAUAACUAUAUUCAAGACUUUAUGGGAUGUGUUUCGUACAUAA